AAGCUGGUCAACUGUGUCUAACAUUCACUGAUAAUGGCAGCGGCAUGACUCCCAACAAAUUGCACAAGAUGCUCAGACUGUGUUAGAGGAUGAGCGACCAGCUGUGGAGCAGCAGCAAAAAGCUGCGACAUUCUGUCUCGGUCCUGUCCGCCGCCACACCCUUCAUGAACAACAUGGAAACAGCAGAGCCGGUGAUGAGGUCCGUGAACGCAUCGCUGCCGGCUCACCUGUAAAUGCAGCAGCAGACAUCCUGUCACUGUGUUUAAUCCGUCUUGUCUCCCAUUUGGAGAUCGAUGAGGAUUGAACAGACACAUGUGUACACUACCCCUCCCCUGGGUGAAGCUGGAAUGAGGUGUAUUACCUCCUUACAGAGAGGUAAUGCCACAUCCCACUGUUAACCCAGGGAGGUCUUGAAGAUAAGCAGUGAAGAGAAAAAGGAUUGUGAGACAGCGGUGUGUGCUGCCUUAUAUACUGUGGGGUCCGCACAUAUUCGGGCAGGCACACACUGAAUGGCUGGCUACACAUAUGCAGGUUUUCAGUGGGCGAAUGCACGCAUGUGACAGUAUUACCCAUAGAGUCCAGUAGAGAGCGGAGCCUGUGUGAGUUCGAACAAUUAAUUUGAAGACACAUUUACUCAAUGUAAAAAUGAAUCGCAUCUAUUGACUUCUAUUUAUUAAUGAUGACGGUUUUGUCGACAAUAAAAAUGAUCAAACCUACAUCCUUAUUUCUCCAUAUGUCCAGCUUUGGUUUUACAGAAAAGGGUUCAGGUAAGGCCAGUCAGCAGGCCAUCGGUGUGUACGGGAACGGUUUCAAGUCUGGCUCAAUGCGUCUGGGCCGCGACGCGCUCAUCUUCACCAAGAAUGGCGGCUGCCAGACUAUGGGGAUGCUGUCUCAGACCUACCUGGAAAACAUCAAGGCCCAGGCCGUCAUUGUCCCCAUUGUCCCCUUCAACCAACAAACCAAGUCUCUGGUGGUGACUGAGGACUCGGAGGCCAGCCUGGCAGCCAUCCUCAAACACUCCAUCAUCACCUCCCAGGAGCAGAUACAUGCACACUUUGACUCCAUUCUCUCCAAGAAAGGCACCAAGAUAUUAAUCUGGAACAUCCGCAGGGCAAAAGAUGGCAAGCCAGAGAUGGACUUUGAGACCGACGUGAGUGACUUCCGUUUGCCCGAGAUUCAUAACGAGGAGCUGAAGACAUGUCUUAGGAACGGUGGAUCCCUGACAGCCCAACAUGACAUCCCCGACAUACACUACAGUCUCAGUGCCUACCUCGGUAUCUUGUAUCUGAAGCCGAGGACACGGAUUAUACUGAGGGGGAAGAAGAUUCUGGUUAAGCUGGUGUCGAGGAGGCUGAAACACAUUGAGCAUGAUGUGUACAAACCCCACUUCAGUAAAGAGAAGGUGAAGGUGACCUUUGGGCUGAACCCGAAAAACAAAGACCACUAUGGCAUCAUGAUGUACCACAGGAACCGACUCAUUAAAGCCUUCGAGAAAGUGGGCUGCCAGCUGAAGGCUUCAGGUCAAAGGGCAGGUGUCGGGGUCAUCGGUAUCAUCGAGUGUAACUUUCUCAAACCUGCCCACAACAAGCAAGACUUUGAAUACACCAAAGAAUACAGACUCACACUUGGUGCUUUGGGCCAAAAGCUGAACGACUACUGGAAAGAGGUGAUCGAGAAGAAGGCCAGAGAGCGUGAGUUUCACGCCGUGGAAAGAGAUGAAAAUGCGGACCAGCCGGAUGCUGACGAGGGUCCCAUGUGGUUACAGUGUGAAGACUGCCUGAAGUGGCGAUGCGUCCCGGCAAGUCAUUACAAUGUGGUUCCUGAAAGCUGGAACUGCAGCCAGAACCCCAAUCCAAGUUACAGAAGCUGCUCUUCACCAGAGGAAGCAGAAGACUGUGAGCUGUUAACACCCAGCUACCAGAAAAACCACAAGAAACAAGAGCAUCCCAAAAGCAGAAAACGAGAAAAAUCCUUGGAGGUGUGCAAGUCCCAGGACCAAACGGCUAAACACAACAUCGUCUCACGCAGUUCAUCAGAGCCAAGUUGGCCCACCUUGCGGACAGGUCAAUGCCACACAGAGGGAGACGCACUAGAGCCAGAUCAGACCAGCACAGAUCACCUGACAGACGCACGCGUUCACGAUGAUGCACAGACACAAAGUACAGUCGCAGCUGAAGUCGCACGCACGCAACAGAAUCGCGCUGGAAGAGGCACGGCCAUUGAAGUCACACAUGUGGAAAAUGAGACCAUUGAUAACAGGGGUGAAGAUAAAGAGGGAGACAAAAACAUGGAGCCGGUUGAAAGAGAAGAGGAGAACAGAUACGCAUUAAGCCACAAGAGGAAAUCAGGAUCUUUAAUUCACGGUGUGAGAAAGAAGCCAUGUCCUCAGGAGGAGCAGCGUGACUCAGAAAAGAUGGCCCAAGAGAUGAAUCCUGAGAACCAAAUAAAUAUACCCGAGACGGUGUCCUUGGAGAAGCCCAAUCCUGACGGUAGCAGCCGAGUGGAGAAACCAGGUGAUGCAGCACAGCGAACCCCCAGCAGUCUCACCUGGACCCACUCACUCCCCUCCACCCAGACUGUGAUGGUAUCUCCUCUGAGUCGAACAGAAGGGCCUUGGAGCAGACCACUGCCUCCAGAGGGGAGUGGGCGGGAAGCUAACGUGCAGAAGCUGGCGGGCUUGGAGAAAGAGGCCCAGAGGCUACGGCGGCUUCUAGCUCUGGAGGUCACAAAGACGACUCGAGGCACGAUGACGACUGCUGAUAGCAGCGCUGAAAAGCCCACCGGAGGACCGGAGAGUCCGCCAGCAUCCCGAGCAAACAGAGAAGUCGGCUGCCAGACCGACGUGGCUGAGAGCUCUAGUUCAUCCAGCAGCUCGGUGCUGGCUCCAGGAUGUCUGGAGAUGGUGGUCCUGAGUCAGAGAGCUGUGUGUGGGUCAAUAGUGCAGUCUGAGCAGAACGUGUCUAAGAAGGAGAAGACGGAAACUCAUAGCAGGAUGAUAGUCGGCGACAACGAGGCCUGUGAAAGCAACAGACCUUCACAGGAAGAUCUGCGCAGCAUCCGUAACAACGUGGUGGUGCUUCUGACGGCCCUCUUGCCUCAACUGGACCUGGCUGGCAUCAGCAUGGAGACCACCGACGUGGACAACAUCCUGCAGCAGAUCAUAGAGAGUCGUAAGACGAACGCCGUCUAUCAAGCUUCUUUUGCCUCCACACAUAUUGCCAGUUCACUUUGCAUCCCUUUCGUGCGCUUGUUUAUUUCAAGAAGCAUUGUUGUGAACAUUUCUGUCCCAUUGACGAACAUAUAACAUUUUAAAUGUACUGUUUCUAAAAAGUGUGGUGCUGUUUUUUGUUUUGCUUCUAUUUAAAUUAGUUUUAUACGCAUGUGAUCAACAUGGAUUCAUACUUGUUUCUAGAUUUGUUCACACAUCCGUAAAUGAGACUUUUUACGUUUGCAUUAAAAUACUGAAACCAUUUAUUGUACACUGCCUCUUUAUUUUCAAGGUUAAUUAAAAGUGUGCUCUUGCUUAAAUGCAGAAGUUCUGCAGUACCUCUUAUUUUCCACAAGGUGGCAGUGAAGCCUAUUUAUGAAAAUGUGGCUCUUAAAUCCAUAUUCUUGGAGUGUUAAGGAUGUGAAAAUCUCAGAAAUCAUCAUUUAAUUUGACAAUUGUUUUUUGUUUUCAGACUAACUUUUUCUCUUGCAAGUAUUGCCGUCAGUUAGUUGGAUCCAAAAUGAAAUAAAGGGGACUACAUUCUGUUAUUUGUUCAAUGUGGGUUAUUUUGUAUUACACCAUCAGCUAAAUGCUCUGUCAUAUUCAUUAAUUCAUGAUCACAGAUUGGACCAAAUCUUUAAAAAAAAGUUUGACUAUUCAAUUAAAUCUAUUUGUACAGCCUAAUAUCACACAUUUACCACCGAGAGCUUUACAAU